GUAUUCGUUGGGAAGAUUCCUCGGGAUUUGUAUGAAAAUGAACUCGUUCCUUUGUUUGAGAAAGCUGGUUCUAUCUGGGAUCUGCGACUAAUGAUGGAUCCCCUGUCUGGGCAGAACCGUGGCUAUGCAUUCGUUACUUUCUGCAACAAGGAUGCAGCACAGGAGGCUGUUAAACUGUGUGAUAACUAUGAAAUCCGUCCUGGUAAACACAUUGGAGUUUGUAUUUCUGUGGCCAACAACAGGCUGUUUGUUGGCUCUAUUCCAAAGAACAAGACCAAGGAAAACAUUAUGGAAGAAUUCAGCAAAGUCACAGAGGGUCUCACUGAUGUUAUCCUCUAUCAUCAGCCUGAUGAUAAGAAGAAAAAUAGAGGCUUCUGCUUCCUAGAAUUUGAGGAUCAUAAAUCUGCUGCUCAGGCCAGGCGGAGGUUAAUGAGUGGCAAAGUGAAAGUUUGGGGUAAUGUAGUCACUGUUGAGUGGGCAGACCCAGUAGAGGAACCAGAUCCAGAGGUGAUGGCAAAGGUCAAAGUGCUGUUUGUAAGAAACCUGGCUAGCUCUGUAACAGAAGAAAUACUAGAAAAGACCUUUAGUCAAUUUGGAAAACUGGAACGGGUGAAAAAGUUGAAAGACUAUGCUUUUGUUCAUUUUGAGGACCGAGAUGCAGCAGUAAAGGCAAUGGAUCAAAUGAAUGGAAGAGAAAUUGAGGGUGAAGGCAUUGAAAUUGUUCUUGCAAAACCACCUGACAAGAAAAAGAAGGAACGGCAGGCUCAACGGCAGGCAACAAGAACCCAAGUGUAUGAAGACUAUUAUUACUACCCCCCACCCCGUUUGCCACCUCCAAUCAGAGGCAGAGUCCGUGGAAGUAGAGGUGGUAGUUAUGGCUAUCCCCCAGAUUAUUACAGCUAUGAAGAUUACUAUGAUGAUUACUAUGGUUAUGAUUAUCACGAUUAUCGUGGUGGAUAUGAAGAUCCAUACUAUGGUUAUGACGAUGGAUACCCAGUUCAGAGAGGAAGAGGUGGAAGGGGUGGUAGAGGUGCAGUCCCCCCUCCCAGAGGUCGUGGUGUACCACCACCCCGAGGAAGGGCAGGAUAUCCUCAACGUGGAACACCAAUGGGACCUCCAAGAGGUGCUAGGGGUGGCAGAGGAGGCCCACAGCCACCGCAAAGAGGACGUGGAACCCGUGGUGGCAGGGGUAACCGUGGUGGCAAUGUUGGAGGAAAGCGAAAAGCUGAUGGGUACAACCAGCCAGAUUCCAAGCGACGCCAAACCAACAACCAACAGAAUUGGGGCUCCCAACCCAUCGCUCAGCAGCCUCUGCAGCAAGGUGGUGAUUAUUCUGGGAAGCGUGGUUGAGGCUGGCCCUGACCUGUUAUCAUGACACCAACAUCCUAGGUGGGGGCUGUACAGGAAGCUGCUGUUGGAGUUAUAUGGUAAGACAAUUUCUGUGCCAAGUUUUUCCCAAACUACUUAAUAUGUUUUGGCAUCUCAUCUGGAAACUGACCUGGGAAUUAGUGCCUGAUUAACACAGACAGCAUUUCAAAUAUUAAAAAAGUCAGUCAUCUUAAAAAUAAUGUGACUUAGUUUUCUCUGGAACACUAGACUAUUUAAUUGAAGGAAGUUUACUUCACUGAAUAAUGUAGGAAAAUUUAUUCUAAAUAUUGAUGUCUAUUGAUUUGGAUCCCUAUUAAACAGAGUUUUGGAACAAGAUUUGGACUGCAUGUGUGAACUGUAUUUCCGCGUGUGAAAUACUUUUGAUUAUGGAUGGAUUUUGUGCGUCUCUUUCUCAAGAUCAGUAUUUGUGGUCCAGUAUUGAGGAAUGGUGAAAUUGAAUGUUAAUUCAAAAAAACUGAACACCAAAUUCAGAAUUGGUUAUGGACCAUCUGACUGAAUGGAAGACCGAAAUAUAUUGUAGAUGGCUAUCAUCCUGUCCUGUUAAUUUCUUUGCAAGUAUUACUAAAUGUUCAAUGAAUACACCUAGAGAUCUGAUGAGAUUGAAGAUAUUAAAAAAAUUUGUUUGUAUUAUGUCUGAGAUUUAUUAAGUAAUCAUAUAUUUGGUUAAUAUACUGUGCAGAGUUUGGUGAAAACUAGUAACAUGUUUACAUAGUUCUUCCCAAAGGACAUUAAAAAAAUCUUGAUCCGAUUGCUAGAGAUUUGCAGAUAAAACAUCAAAUUAUUUUCUAUCUGUAUCUUUGUGCCCAAACAUGGUUUGGCUGAAAUUUCUCAUGUUCUGGGUAGUUUUUGAGGAUACAUUUUGAUGUCUUUGAAAUUGAUUCUUGAGUAAAACUGAACUGCUUUUUAAGUGAAUAGAUUUGCCACCUCCACUAUCUAAUAAUUGCUGAUAAUCGUAACUUGGCUUCAUUUGCGUAACCUACGUUCAUAAAACAUAGACAAUAUGUAAACUUGGAAAAAAGAAACAAAGUUUAAACUGAGAUUUGUUAAUUAAUUUUUUUAAAGAAUCUAGAUUUGUCAGUUUUGAUUUUCUUUCUGCAUUCCUAAAAGAAAUCCAACGAAUUGAGCAAAUGUAUUUGCGAAGUGAGGAAAAAUUCCAUUUGUAUCAAGAUAUUCAAUAUUAUUUUCCCUAUAAGUUGGACAGGACAUUCAACAAUUAUAAUGCAUUAUUGUUGACCAUUGAUGGUUUUCUGUUGUGUAUGGUCUGCAAGAAAAUAUUUGUAAGAUAAAGGAUGUUUCUGGCAGUCUUUUGGGAUGGGUAAUUGGGAAAACUCAGGAAAUUAUCCAAACCUGGCUUAGGAGAGAACACAUUUAACAUACUUGCAAACAAAAGCCCCACAAUAAUUCUGACUUUUACUAAAAUUUACACAUCCAAAUCGUCAAUUUCAAAGCAAGUGCCAAUUCUGAAAAUUUAGUUUCUGACUGGCCACUACAGAAUAUUUAUCAUCUAACUUUGAAAUACAGUUCUUAAGAAAAAAAGCUGCGUUAUAAAAUCGAUUGGAUCUGCUUACCUAAUAUGCGUUGUGUUACUGUCUUUGAUUUUGAACUCUUAAAGCCAAGUUCCAAUUAAGUGACCAUUUCCAUUCCAGAUUAUUGCAGCACAAAACAUGUUUUGUCUUUUUUAAAAACCUAAUCCAUAAUUUUAUACUUGCAUGUAGAGAUUGUAUAUACUGAUCAGUGGUAUACAAAAUGUACCUUACAUUUAUGGUGUGAUUAGAUUGACUUAGGACGUACAUCUCCUCUGUUGCAUAUUCAGUGACACACCAUUAUCCUAAAAUCCAGCACUCAGAGUUGAACAGGCAUGUUCUUCCCAGAAUCGACAUUGCUAUAAAGAGAUGUGAGAGUGAGCUUUUCUGUCUUUUGCUUUGUUUUCCAGUUCGUUGGCUCCAUGUUGAAAAUGAGAGGUAUAAGAAUCUUGAAUCUUCCAUUAAAGUGUUUCGUGAAAGUCA